AUGAUCGAUAUCCUAAUUACUGGUGCAAAUCAAGGCAUUGGAUAUGCUACCGUGCAGCAACUCAUCUCGGACUCAUCUGAAGAGGUUCGGGUUUAUGUAGGAGCAAGAUCGCUGGCCAAGGCUACCGAAGCUAUUGAGAAGAUCAAUAUUCCUAGUGGGAGGAGCGCUCAAACUGAGCUGAUCCCGAUCGAGAUCGAUAUCACGAAGAAUGAGACAAUUGAGAAAGCUGCUACUCAAAUACCUUUUUUGGACAUAUUAGUCAAUAACGCUGGUAUUUAUGUGCCGGAUGAUUUUUCCAAUCUAGAUAAACUUGUUGAGGGUAUGCAAAAUCAAUUCAACACAAACUUAAUCGGGCCAAUCGCAGUCACGACAUCAUUUUUACCAAUUCUUGAAAAGUCAAAAAAUAGACCGGCGAUCAUCAAUGUUAGUACAGGUCUGUCAAGUUUUGUAAAUAUGACAAACUCUGCUUCGCCGCAAUAUGGGAAUACGGAAAUGAUGUAUCCCGCUUCCAAGACUGCUUUGAAUGCAUAUACGGUUUGGUUGUCUAAACAGCGUCCUGACUGGAGGAUAGUUUCAUUUGCACCCGGUCAUACAGCAACAGCACUUAACGGUUUCAAUGGUCGUCAAACGGUAGAAACUGCUGCAAAGUAUCUAUUUGAUGUUAUCCAUGAUGCUAAAGGACCAUCUGGUGUUCUGAUUCAACGAGCAGAAGUGAUUGGAUGGUAG